AUGUUGUGGAACGUGAUUGUCAGUUUCAUUGUCACUGUCAUCUUCUGUAAGAGCAUCACUGCAAGUCCCAGCAAUCAACAAACGGAAUGUGGUCAACGAAAGCAGCUAGCUCGGGAGUUGAUAUACCACGGCCACCAAUCCCGAUCGGGAGAAUGGCCUUGGCAUGUCGCAGUGUUCCAUAAAAUCAACGCGCAAGCUGACUCAAGUUACGCCUGUGGAGGUACGAUCAUAUCGCGGAAGUUUGUACUAACUGCGGCGCACUGUACCUAUCCCGAGUACAAGACUCGACCGCUGCGGGCCAAUGAGAUGCUGGUACGGGCGGGGACUGCGAAUCUGUACAACUUGGAGCACUCGCUGCAGGAGGUUGGAGUUGAGGAGAUCGUGAGGCAUGCGGAGUUCAACACAAGAACGUUGGAGGAUGAUAUUGCGCUGCUGAAGGUGGAGGUGGAUUUUGAGAGCGUUGAGGAGCUGAUCAUCGGGAAGAAGGGAAGCUCUGCUGGCUGGGGUGAGAAUGAGGAACAUAAGCUGACUGGCGCGUUGAAGCACGUUCCGAUGUUGAUCGUGUCGAGACGUCGCUGUCGGGAUAGUGAUCCGGACUAUUACACGAGAUUCCUGUACGAUCGGAAGAUGUUUUGCGCUGGGUUCCGGAAUGGAUCUACACCGGCUUCCGGAGACAGCGGAGGAGGACUGUACAUCGAUGGGAAGGACGGCAAGUGGGGACUGCGAGGGAUUCUGAGCAACGGGAAGAUCGAGGCCGAGACUCGGUUGGUGGAUCCGAAGAGCUUCGUUGUGUUUGUUGAUGUGGCGUAUUAUCUACCAUGGAUUAGGAAGAGCAGCAACAUCAGUGCGGAUGGAGAGGACACGGCGCUGUUCAACCAGGACUUCUCCACGUGCUUCCGGAGGUCAGACAACAACGACCGUGGCCUUGGCAGGGGGAAGUGUAUCGGAACGCUAGUGGGAUACAUCGAUUGUGUGACGUAGCGAUCAUCAGCGAGCUGUUCUUGGUAUCGCCAGCAAAGGUAUAUCGGAAUGCAGAGAUUCGGAAUCCCUCCAAGUUGAUACUGACCUUCAAGAUUCUGGAGAAGGGAAGGUAUCGCUUGUUGCACCACCAACGAAUAGGUCGGAUCAUACGACACGAGAAAUUCGAUGCAGCUAGUGGCAGGAACAACAUAGCUUUGCUGGAGCUGAUCUCUCCCUUGAAGUUCACUGAGAUGCUGCGUCCGAUAUGUCUAUGGAGAGGUGAUCCGAAGGAUCUUGUUGUAAACAAUACCAAUCUUGGAAGAUCAGUAGAUAAACUUCAGUUGAACUGCACCCUCGGAAUCAACUACAUCUGUAUUAAUACAAACUCUCCACCAACUUUCAACAGUACAUUCUACGUUGAAGAUGAAGAAACGUGGUAUCUACGAGGACUAACAACCACCAUAUCUCAAGAAGAUCAACGUAGCAGCAUUCUUCUGCUAGACGUCGCACGCUACACAGGGUGGAUCGAGAACAACACCGUUUUCAGCACGAAAAAUCUGCUCAACAAUGUUGAUUGCUCCUUACCGUUCAUAUCUACAAGAGCUGGUGAAAUAAAGUGCUUUGCUACGCUCGUCAGUCCAUCACUCAUGCUGACUCUAGCUUCAUGUCUUGAGAACUCCUCUGUUCCGGAUUUGUACGGCACAAGUGGUGACCAAACCUCUCAUAUCUUGCCAUCGUUCAGCUCGACAGACCUCUGGACACCACUCCCUUCUGCGUUCUCUUCGACACCUCCCGAACUGGUUCCCGACUCAGACUGCUUCUCCCCACUAAAACUCACAAGAAAUACUUCUUUGACCUAGACGAGCGUCAACCCUGCAACGAGGGUCACGUCUGCGGACACUUCAGAGGAAUCGCCAGGUAUUCCGGUGAUCCCUCCUGCAAAGGCAACUUUCACGGUAGUCCUCUGUUCCAUGACUUUGGAGACGGCCGUGGGGUGUAUCUUCGCGGGUUGCUGGUCGCUGGCAAAGAAGAUCACUGCGAGCAACCCGAGUUGCCGGAAGUUUUUGUCGACGUGAUGUUCUACGCAGGCUGGAUUCGGGGCACCGUACUGAGGAUUCUAGCGUAGGAGUUAAUAAACGUUUGACCGCAAUCAUU